CAUAAUCUCCCGUCCUAGAGGUGCUUUGCGUGCUAGAGGUGCUUUGAGACGCCUGCGUGUAAUCCAACGCGAGGUUCCGAUCCUUGCCGCGUGCCUCAGCGCUUUGAGAGAAUCCAUUCCCUCUUCGGCUGGAGCCAGCUCUCGCCCAAAUGACCGACUCGAGCAGCCGCGUUGCGGGCCAAUAUGGCCGCAAGCGGGUCAUCCAGGCCUGUCUGGUGUGUAGGGCAAGGAAGUCGAGAUGUGAUAGUCAGAGGCCCCGCUGCGGCUUCUGUGUCCGAACCGAGUCGGAAUGCACAUACCCCGAAACUGAGACGUCCAAGCUUGACCGCGCUUCUCUAUUGAUACUUGAGCGGAUCCAGACAAUGGAGGACAGCGUGCUCCAGCAGCUGAAUGUGGCCGCGUUGCCCCAAAGCUCACGCCACCAACCCACCGGAGUAGACUCCAGACCGCAGUCCAGAACCAGCGCGGCUUGGCCCAACGGCGAUGUAGUCAUGACGUGGCAUGCGCUCCGCCCCCCUGCCAUCAGAUCUGGCCUGCAUAGCCAUUGGGGAGCGUAUCGAGACGAGCUUUGCGCUGUUGGGGUCGCAACUGCUGUGUCUACACCAGGUCUAAGUCCUUCGAUAAAGUCAGAGUUCUCGCAUCGUGACUCUUCGGCGAACAUGCCACUUACUGUUUCGUCACCAUUCAACAAUGGGCACUUCGAUGCCGACUUGCCCAUGCCGAUGGACCUAUCCAGCGAUGUCACCAACCCUCUUGCGCCCGAGCUAGCAGCCCCGCUGAUCUACAAUUACAUCGUUCACAUCCAUAGCAAGUAUCCCGUCUUAGACCUUGACUUUCUAAGACGCCUGUUAGAUUGCUUACUCGCCGGUGGCUUUGUCUACGAUGGGUCGAUUCUAACCUCGUUACCAGACGGUUUCGAGGAGCCCGACCUGGCAAUCCUCAUGCUCGUCCUUGCUCUUGGUCAAGUUUCCUCGGAGCUUGAGCCCAAGAAUCAACCAGUUCGACAGAACAAUUACAUCAAGUUGGCGCUACCUUGGCUAGGUCUCACGGCAUUCAGCGGUAGAAGCCCGAUCAGGGAUCUGCAGGCUCAGCUGUUGCUGGCGAGCUACAACAUGUGGAUACUGAAGCCAUGGGCAGCAUGGUGCUACGCGGAUACUGCGGCUUCAAAAGCCGAGAAAUUGCUGUUGAGAUAUCCAGAGACUGUCGAAGACAAACUUAGCCACCGAGUCCUUUGGGCUGUGGCCACGAUGCAGCUCGAACUGGCCGAAGAGAUCUACCCUCAUCUUGAUGUUGUUCAAUGCGGCAGGCUUGCACAGUUGAUACAGAGUACUCCGAUACCUCCACCACCGUUACAACCCUUCGUGUGGCCUGGAAUCAGCUCGCAUCUUGACUCAGUUUCCUGGUACCACUAUCUGGCCGACACGUGCAGCAGACGCUUGGUGGAGAAGAUCAAGGCUGAGUUGCAUGAUAACCCCUGCAGAGUAAGUCGCCCAGGCGACGAGAGGGCCGGCCAGCUCGCGGCGGCGUACCCUUUGGCAUGUGAACUCGAGCGCCAGGUGAAUGAAUGGAUUAAUUCGUUACCCCCGUGUUUUCGCGGCAGUCUGUCUACUCCGGACGAAUCGCCGAUCGCUCCAGACGCGCUUGCAAUCUCGACAAAGCAACGGAUGCAAAAGGAUCUGCGCAACCGUCAAGGUCAGUUGCUGAUGCUCGUGUUUCGGCCCUUCCUGGCGACACUUGCAGAUGGUAACUACAAGUCGCCUGACAAUGAAGACCAGACCACUACGAUGAUGCACCUGCUUGAAGGCACGAGCAGAUACUUGCACCACGCCAUUGACUUCCUCCACCAGCAACAACCCCCUGUAGAGCGGCACUACGGUUGCUGGCUGCUGGCCCGAAAUAUUUGGUCCGCAGCUCUGUCACUCCUCGUAGCAUGCCACACGCCGACUGUCCUUCACCAUAUGGAGGAAGCGGAGCGAAAGAAGAACCACGAUGCCAAUAGAGAAACUGGUUCUUCUGCUCAGUUAAGAAAUGAGGGCGGCGUCUUUUACCAGAAGGCUGUUGAUGCUGCAGAAGGCGCUUGUACCAUGCUGCGGCAGUGGGAACACGAAAGUCGAAGCCUCAAAUUCUGCGCCGACCUGCUAUUCUCCUUGGUACUUGAUGCACGGCGGCACAAGAAUAGGACCAAAGAUGCAUCCGACUCUGAAACUAGGUGAUUAACUGGUUUGAAUCGUCGAGAUUUCACAGAACCUUCAAAGGUUUUUGAAUAUACUCU